CACAAACUCAACGUUGUUUAUAGCGAUCACGCACGCUCAGCAUCAAACUUUAGGUAAAAUGAAAUUCGUUAUUGUGUUUUUCGCUUUAUUCGCUGUUGCCUUGGCAGCACCACAAAGGGAUGCCGAGACGGUGCGUUAUGACUCGCAGGUGGAACCAUUGAACUACAACUAUAACGUUGAGACCAGUGAUGGAAAGGCCGCCCAGGAACAGGGUGAGGUACAAAAUUUGGGCAGUGAAGAUGAGGCUAUCGUUGUACGUGGCUUCUACUCUUACAUCGGUGAUGAUGGUCAGCAAUACCGCGUUGACUACAUUGCCGACAAAAAUGGUUUCCAACCCCAAGGUGCUCAUAUUCCCGUUGCCUAAAUGACUGUGAUUAAGCUACUUCUUGUUACUUGUUAACUAGUUUUAGUUAGUUUUAAAAUAAUAAAGAAGAAAUGAACGUAAAUUAAA